CAUGGGUCCACGUCGUUUAGCCAGCCUACUGCUGCGCAAACUUGUGCAAAAUAAAUGAACGUCAAAGAAGAAGCGGAUUGGAAAACACACAUGGAUACCAGUAGUGUUAACUCGAUGGAGCACCUGGUGAGUGAGCUGAACAUGCUGCUGAAGCUGCUGGACCAUGAGAGUGUGAGCGAGGCCACAACGGAGAAGAUGAGCGCGAUCCGGAGCCUGCUGGGGCAGCUGCAGCCAUCAGUGAAUGGAUCAGACUUCAUAUACAUGAACACUUCCCUUUACGGAAAUGGCACCAGCUUUGUGGAAUCCUUGUUUGAGGAAUUUGACCUGAAUGAGCUCAGUGCCUCCCCAGAAGAACAGAAGGAACCGGUAGAGGAGGAAACCCCUAAAAUACCGCCCUCUAAAAGUCCCACUGACACCCCGCCUCCUCUGCCAACCACCCCUCCCCCAGAGGACUAUUAUGAGGAGGCAGUGCCCCUGGAUCCAGGCACGGUGACCCAAUACAUCACCACCAACAUCACCAAACGCAGUCACACGUCCUCCCUGCCGUCACAUAUUCAUAACCACCCCAACUCACUGUCCAUACACGUCAGCGCAAGUCCCCCAAAUUCCAUUGAAGAUGCAUAUUAUGAGGAUGCUGACAAUAAUUACCCCACCACCCAAAUCAAUGGCCCGCACAAGAACUCAUACGCUGAUUCAGACGCGCUGAGCAGCUCCUAUGAAUCGUAUGAUGAGGAGGAUGAGGAGGCGAAGGGCCAGGACAGGACUAGUCAGAGGUGGCAGUCAGAGGAGAACUCUGUGGGCCCCAUGAAGGAUUGUCGUAUCUGUGCCUUUCUGCUGCGCAAGAAACGCUUCGGCCAAUGGGCCAAACAGUUGACGGUCGUCCGUGACAACAGAUUACAGUGCUACAAGAGCAUCAAAGACAGAAGCCCUCACAUUGAGCUGCCGCUGAACCUGUGUAACGUCAUCUACAUUCCCAAAGAAGCGCGCCGCAAGAAACACGAGCUGCGUUUCUCCCUGCCUGGUGGAGAGGCCUUGGUGCUGGCUGUCCAGAGCAAGGAGCAGGCGGAGCGAUGGCUCAAGGUGAUCCGGGAGGUGGCCAGUCAAGCCACCAGCAGUGAAGGAUUAGAGGGCUCAUCCUCUCCUAUGAUCCAGAGGAAGAUAGAGCUGGACAAGUUACUAGGAGCUGACAAGCACACUGUAGUGUUGGUUGACAAGCACACCUCUGACUCUGACAGCGUGGCCACAGGUGACAACCUGCCCUCUGGUCAGCUCCGUGACAACUGUGAAGGGAAGGGGAAGAGGGGGGCGUUUUCAGAGCUGACGGGGUCUAUGAGCAGAGCGGCUGGACGGAAGAUCACCAGGAUCAUCAGUUUCUCUAAGAAGAAGCCUCCUCUCCCAGGAGACACUCUGUCCUCCUACCACCAUGACGACAACCCUCGCUGUGGUUAUCUAAAUCUACUGCUGAGCCAGUGUUGGAGGGAGAGAUGGUGCUGUGUGAGGAGUGGAACACUGUACCUUCACAAAGACCGGGGCGACCUGAGUACUCAUGUCAGAGCUGUGGUUCUCCAUGGGGCUGAGGUCAUACCUGGAGUAGGGCCCAAGCACCCCUUCGCCUUCCGCAUCCUGCAAGGAGGCAACGAGGUGGCUGCCUUGGAGGCCAGCUGUUCAGAAGAGAUGGGCCGCUGGCUGGGGGUUCUGCUGGCAGAGUCUGGCUGUGCCACCAACCCUGAGGCUUUGCACUACGACUAUGUAGACGUGGACACCAUCACUAGCAUCACAGACGCAGCAAGACACUCCUUCCUAUGGGCUACCUCCUCCAGCAGCGCCUCGACAGACUCCAGAACGUAUGACGAGGUUCCUUAUGAGAGCAUAUUGCAGCCAGAGGAGCAGGGGCCCAGACCAGGAGCUCAGGUGAAACACCACUCUUCUUUCUCUAGCAGCAGAGAGACUGAGAAGGUGGACUCCCUAGUCACCAUAAAGAGACACUGCUCCAAUGCGAAUCAGCAUAUAUCAGGGAAGUAUGGUAAAACACGAGCAGAGGACGAUGCCAGGAGGUACCUGAAGGAGAAAGAUGAGAUGGAGAAGGAGCGAGAGGUCCUCAAAAGUGCCCUGCUUGUAUUACGCAAUGAGAGGAAAGAGGUGAAGGAACAACUGAAGGACGCUACAGGUAAGCAGCAGAAGCAGCUGGAGAAGCGUUUUGCCCAGCUGGAGGAGAACUGCAGAGGGAAGGAAGGGGAGCGGGUGGACCUGGAGCUGCGUCUCACUGAGGUGAAGGAGAAUCUAAAGAAGUCGCUGGCUGGAGGGGUGCUGGGGCCGCCCACAGAGAGCAAACCCCCCAGAAAGAUCAGUAAAGUUGAUCAUCUAUACAGUGAGGCAUCCAUGCCAGUAAACUGUGCUGCUGAGAUGCGGAAGCGUCCCCUAUCCAUCUAUGCAUCUAGCAGAGGGAAUGUCAUGCAGAAAGCCAAGGAAUGGGAGUCGAAGAAGGGGACUUAGAAAGACAAUGCUCAUGCAGAUGGACAGUCUAAUUCUUGUCUUGGAACAUGUUGGAGCUGAUUUGAAAGAAGGGGAGAGCAGGUGAAGCAGGCACUCCAUUCUCAACUUUUCCACUCCCCUCUUGAGAGCUCAACAUUUACUGCACAUCGCUGAGCUGAGAAACGUGUGACUGGGGAAGACGAGACACUGAAUCUCCUGGAAUUGUUGUAGAACCUCACUCAAAGCCCAAUUUCACUAGGAAACGCUGAAUGUUCAUUCUGUGGCAUGACACUUGUUUUGUGAUUCAGUAAUCGCUUGUGUUGCACGUGGUACUGUUGUUCCUUCAGACUGUGGAAGAGGAUAUGUUAUGGGGAUUCCACGUGAAUACAUCUGAGGGCUGGACUUGAGAUGUUGAGAGUUGAUUGGUUUGCAGAGGUUGAAUAUGCAUACUCACAUUAUGCACAUAUCUGCACGAAAGGAUAAUAAAGGGAAAUAGAACGUAUCGAUUGUGAGUUUGUUGUUGGAAUAGUAGCCUAAAGGAGAUGCUGAAAUACAGUUCUAUGCUGUAUCCGCUAUGAAAGUAACUAACUUCAGAACACAUACAGUAAGCUGGUCAGAGAGGGAGAGGAAAUGACUGUUCAUGUAUAUGAAACACUAUUUCAGAUCUUGAUUUAACAAUUUGGUGCAGCUGGACAACAGACAGAAAAAAACGAUAGAAUGACACCUGUAUAAAACCAAAUAGUUAUUGUAAUGUGAGACUAAUGACUAAAAGACAUUUCCUUAUUACGUAAUUCACUGACUGUUUCUCAGUGUAAUGAGCCUUUUACUUUUAAUUACUUUUGCACUUUAUGUUAUUUGUAUUGUACAUAAAAGCUGUUCAUUGAUAUUGUCUGUCUUUUUCAUCAGAGAGAGAGAUAAUAUUUGAUGGCCAGGCAUAUAUUAAUAAAACAAUUUUA